AAUAUAGAAAGAGUCAAGCAUUUCAAAUGAAGCUUAGAUGUGCACAGCAAAUUAGAAAAAAGUACCGCCAUUUGAUAAGGGUGUCAAACCAAAAUGAAGAUGAACUAAGGAUGCAAACAGCAGAGAACGAUGAAAUCAUCAAAAUGGCUAUUUCUGUGUUUAAAGCAAACAUCAAGAGUGGUCCAACUUAUGUAUGUACUGUUUGUCAUAAAGCAUGCUUUCCAAAUCAAGUCAGGUCUUGCAACAGGGUAAAAUUCAUAAAAAAUAUGGCGAUUGUGGCAAAGUGCUUGACAGGGGACUAUGUUCAUGUGUGUAGCAGUGAGUGUGUAAAUGAAAGACAAUGUAAAGUACCUGAUGAGAGACGAAAAGAAUGGAUCUGUCAUACUUGUCAUAACCAUGUUAAAAAUGGACAUAUGCCACCACUUGCUGUUACCAAUAACUUGAGACUAGCAGACAUUCCACCAGAGUUAUCAAACUUAAACAUUUUGGAAAGGCAUCUUGUAGCAAAAUGUAUACCAUUUGCCAAAAUUGUUCCACUUCCCAAGGGGAGACAACAAGCAAUACGGGGCAAUGUUGUAUGUGUGCCAUCUGAAAUACAAGAAACAAUUGAUGCAUUACCUAGAACAAGAAAUGAAUCACAAGUUCUCAGAGUGAAAUUAAAAAGACGAUUAUGCUACAAAGGUCAUCAGCUAUUUCAAGCCGUUACUUGGUCUAAACUAAUGCGAGCUUUACACAAACUGAAGCAAAUUCAUCCACAAUACGAGAACAUAAGCAUCAGAGAUGACCCUGAACUCUGUGAUCCAACCCUUGUAGAAGAUGAAGAACACAAUGCUACAAAAAACAAUGUUGAAACCACAGAGAGUGUUCAUAGUCAGAUGCUUUCAUGUGCAAUAAAUGAAAAUUGCAACACUGCAAAUGUAGAUAAACAUCAGACAACAGAGAUAAUUACAAGCAAUAAUAAUGAGCAAGCUGAGGUACAAAACACAGUUGAAGAACUCAAUCAGGAAGUCACCGCACACGCAACUACAUCCAAUCAGAGAGAGAUACAGAAUGAUAAUGAAGAGGAAGAAGGUGACAUGCCAAAUGGUGGACUGGUUUUAGAGUCUUGUCUUCAACCAUCUAACAUUGCAGAAGAGGUUUUGUCAUUUAGCGAAGGAAUUUACUGUGUUGCUCCAGCAGAAGGAAACAGCCCAGUUAGCUUUUUUAAAACUCCUCAUCUGGAAGCCAUAGCUUUCCCUGUUCAAUAUCCAACAGGUCAGAACACAUUGGAUGAGCAAAGACCAAUUAAAUUAACACCUAGCCAGUAUUUUAAGGCAAGACUUCUCUGUGUUGAUGAUCGCUUUGCCAAGGACACAAACUAUUUGUUUUUUGGUCAAUUUGUGACAGAAAUACACCAAGCUACAUCUAGUAUGACAGUACAAUUGCGCAAAGGAAAACCACAAACUAGAGAUGGGCGUAAAAUCACAUCUAGGAUGUUGCAGGAUAAGCAAGAAGUUGAGAAACUGAUCAGAAACAAAGACGCAGUUCGAUUCAUGCAACCACUCAGAGGAACUCCAGCUUACUGGGAGAAAACCACAAAAGAUCUUUUUGCUAUGAUCAGACAAUUAGGCAAUCCCACAUUUUUUCUUACGUGUUCAGCUGCCGAAAUGCGUUGGCCAGAAGUGAUCGAAGCAAUAAAACAUCAACAAGGUGAAGAGGUUGAUUUUGAGAAACUCACCUGGAUCGAAAAAACCGACAUACUGCGAAGCAACCCAGUUACUACCAUGCGUAUGUUCGACAAACGUGUUGAAGCUUUAUUCAGAGACUUGAUCCUAUCGCCUGCUCAAAUCCUAGGACGAGUUAUUGACUUUUUCAUCAGAGUAGAGUACCAAAACCGUGGCUCUCCGCACAUACACUGUUUGUUAUGGAUUGAUGGUGCACCUGUUUUUGGAAAGGAUGAUGAUCAGACAGUCUGCAAUUUUAUCUCAAAGUACAUCACAGCCCGACUUCCCAACCCAACUUCUCAACCAGACCUGCACAAAACUGUGAAAGAAGUUCAAAUCCACAGCAGAAACCAUCCAAAGACAUGCUUCAAAUAUCCUGGUGCUGAUUGUCGUUUCGGAUUCCCCAAGCAACCAUCUGACACAACUUUCAUAACUCGACCAGAUGAAGACAGUGCAGACUCUGUUGAAGUCGAAAGAGCAAAGGCAAAACUGAGACCAUUAAGUGCACUCCUGAAAGAGCCUGAAAGUGAAUCCCUGACUUUUGAGCAGCUCCUCAUUGAAUGCAACUUAACAGUGACAGAAUACAAAAAGUGCCUGCAUUUGAUGAAGACAUCCAGUACAGUGAUCCUAAAGCGUGAUCCAAAGGACUGCUGGGUAAAUGCUUAUAACCCCCAUCUUUUACAAGCCUUUGACAGCAACAUGGACAUUUCGUUCAUUCUGAAUGCCUAUUCUGUGAUCAUGUAUUUGACAUCUUACAUCACAAAACAGGAACAUGGGCUUUCAGAGUACCUGAAAACAGUUAUUGAAAACUCAAACUGUGAUGGAACUAACCAGUCUGAUGAAAUGAAAGAGGUGAUGCAGGCAUACUCCAAGAAACGAGAGAUCAGCGCACAGGAAUGCGUGACACGUGUGUGUGGACUCAACAUGAAAAAAUCUUCCAGAGGCGUUGUUUUCAUUCCAACAGAUGACAAUGCAGUAAAGAUGAGUCGGCCUAUGUCACAACUGCAGGACAUGACGUCAGAAAGUGAAAACGUCUGGAUGACAUCUCUAACUGACAAAUACAAAUGCAGACCUGAAACUCCAGAAUUUGAGAUGAUGUGUAUGGCGGACUUUGCAGCAACAUGCAGAUUGGUUUAUGGACAGCAAAGAAAAGCUAAAGAUGUUUUGCCUCUUUUGAAUGGCAUGGGAUUUGUCAAAAGGCGUGUGAAGGAUAAACCUGCUGUAAUACGAUUUUAUCGUCCCUCAGAGAAAAAAAAUCCUGAUCAACAUUGUAAAACAUUGCUGAAACUGUACUUUCCAUACAGAUCGGAAGACGAGCUCAAACCACCCCAUUACUCAACAUACCAGUCCUUUUACAAUUCAGGAUAUGCACAGCUGUGUGACUCUGAAAUCCCUGAGUCUGUGAAGGCUAUUGUCAAACACAACCAAGAAAAAUAUGAGAAAAACAGCAAAGAAAUUGAUGAAGCCAUUGAAGAAUAUGAACAGAACAGAGGUUCAAUUGAUGAAUGGUGUAACUUGGCUCCUGAAUCUGAGCUUGUCCGGCUGGAAUGUAUUGAUGCAAUGCAAAGAGAAAAGGCUGUUGACGAAAAUGAGCAGGAAAAUGUUCCAGAGUACAGUCGCCAAGCAGCAUCAUCAACAGAACUGAGAGCAAUAAGAGAAGCCCCCAUGAUUGAUCCUGACACAAUACGAGAGAUGUAUCGAAGUCUUAAUCAGAAACAAGCCUGUGUGUUCUAUGCAGUCAGAGAGUGGUGCAUAAAGCGAGUCUGUGGCCUGAAUCCAGAACAGUUUUUCUACUACAUCAAUGGUGGAGCAGGAACCGGAAAAUCCCAUCUGAUUAAAUCAAUUCAUUCACAGGCAACUGACAUUUUGCAAAAACUGCAAAGAAAUGCUGAAGAACACGACAUAUCCAGCCGAAGUGUUCUAUUGACUUCUUUCACUGGAACAGCAGCAUUUCAAAUUUCUGGAACAACUCUUCACAGUCUUCUAAAGCUCCCGAGAAUUCUCAAGCCACCCAUUACAGGACUGGGAAACCAACUUGAUGAAGUCAGAGCUGAACUUUUGAAUGCUGAAAUCAUCAUCAUUGAUGAAGUCUCUAUGGUUUCAAAACCGUUGCUUGCUUAUGUGGAUGCUCGUCUGAAACAAAUCAAAGGGAGUCGUAAACCUUUUGGAGGGAUGUCUGUGUUAGCAGUUGGUGACUUCUAUCAACUCCCACCUGUCAGGCAGUCUAAACCUCUCUGUGUACCUGAACCAUUGCAAGUUGACAUGUGGAACGAGAACUUUCAGAUGGUCACUCUCACUGAGAUCAUGCGUCAGAAAGAUGAUGUGUCCUUUGCAGAAAUGCUCAACAGGAUUCGUGUCAAAGAACAAUCAGAUGAACUCACAGAUAAUGACAGAGCUUUACUUCGUCAGGCUGUUACUCAACCAGCUCUUUGUCCCAUUGAUGCAUUACAUAUAUUUGCUACCAAUAAACAAGUCAAUGAUCACAAUUCUGCUACUCUCUCUAAACUACAUGCUACUACCAUUGACAUAGACGCAGAUGACUAUAAAAAGGACAUGCAAACUGGCCGAAUGACACGUCAAGACCAACCAGUCAAAGGCAGCACAAACGACUUAUUGGACUCAAUCAAACUUGCUGAAGGAGCUCGGGUGAUGCUCACCAGAAACAUUGAUAUACGGAACGGUUUGGUAAAUGGGGCUUUUGGAGAACUUGUUGGUGUAAUAUAUUCUGAAAACAACCAGCACAUUGUUAAACUUGGUUUGAAGUUGGACAGUAAAACUGGGGUAAACAGAGCACAACCUGACAAUGUGGUGUACUUAGAAAGGGUUGAAGAAAAUCUUAAGCAGAAAGGGAUGGUACGCAGACAGUUUCCUGUUAAGCUGGCAUAUGCAUGUACAAUUCACAAAGUCCAAGGUCUGACAACACAAAAAGCUGUAGUGUCAAUGAAACGAGUUUUUGAGAGUGGCAUGUCCUAUGUAGCCAUGAGUAGAGUGACUUCACUCAGUGGAUUAUACUUACUGGAUUUUGACGAAUCAAAAAUUUAUUCAAAUGCAGAAGUCACAGCUGGAUUGCAGAACAUGAAAAAAGCCAAUUUGGAAGAAAUGAUGCCUCUAAUACAUUUGAAGGACAUAGUCAAUAGAGCUGACACUUUUACUGUUAUUCAUCAUAAUACGGAAGGACUUCCUGCUCACAUUACAGACAUCAAAAGCCACCACGAGUUAUGUUUAGCCGACAUGUUGUGCUUUACAGAAACUCAUCUACGAGGAUCAUUUGUUGCAGACAGCCUUCUCCUUGAUGACUACAACAUUUUUAACCGGAACCGACAUCAGUCUUACACAGACUUUCCAGACCUGGCCAAGAGAAAUGGAGGAGGAGUUGCUAUUUAUGUGCCGAGGAGGCAUCCCUCAUGCAUGUGGUGAGAGUGAUGAGGAACUACUACCAUCUGCACAGUGGUGAUAAAACCUCAAGAAUGCACUUAACAAGGUAAGACAGCCAUGAAUGCAUA